AUGGCAUCUGAGAUUGACUUACGCAAGCAGGAAAAUGCCAGACUUAUGGCUGAGAAUGCUGAACUUAAGGCUAGAAUCAUGAAGUUGGAGCAAGGUUCCAGGAAACCACAAAAUAAUUCUUCCAAGCAUGUCAUUAAUAGCAGAGCUGGUCAGGCUGACAAGAAGCUUGCCCGAGAAAAUGCAAAAACUCUCAAGAACCUAUUUUAUGGAUUUCUCAUAAUCAAUAUAAUAUACAUUCUUAUUCGCAUAUUCUAUUUCUACUCUACUUUCACGACUUGGGUAGCUGUGAAAUACUUUACAACCACAGGAAUAACACUGUAUCUAGGAUAUCAACUGCUACUAUUUGGCUCGCCGCGGUAUCAAAAUGGUAUUUUGAUAUCCCCUGGAAAUGAUUUGGCUGCUAAAGGUUUAACCGAAUAUAUGUUUGAUGUGAUACAUGUAACAUGGUGUAUCCACAUGUUGUCUAUAGUAUGGGAAAGCGCGUGGUGGUUUUAUUUGAUUAUUCCUGGGUAUGCAAUCUACAAAGCGUGGGAUGUUCUACUUCGACCUUACUACGGAGCCAAUACAAACGAAACACCCGGAUUAAGUAAGAGACAACAGAAAAAACAGCAGCGACAAGAAUCUGGAACGUCUAAAGUCAAGUAUGUCAAGCAUUAG